AUGACAGCCGCCCCUCCCUCCGCCAUCACCAACUCAUCCAUGGCGUCCAGUCCGCAGCAAUUCUCGCCCGUCAUGUCUCCGGAUCCCGAGGUGCUGACCACCAACAGCUCCAUACAGCCGUCUCCGGAGCCCAUCCGCGGCAGGGACUCGGAAUCAUCUCUUGUGCCGACGAUGGAACCCCUUCCUGAUUCCAUCAUAUCCCGUAAGACGAGCACAAACUCAUUGCCACAGAGCAUAACAAGCGAGCGAUCGGCGCAAAAUGACCCUCUGCCGCCCAAGACCGGCAUCUUCAGACGUCUAUCGAGCAGGGUGAAGACGGAAAGCUCCCGGCUUAGGGGAAGCCGGCGUACGUCUUCAACUCACCCAGUCAGCCGCGAUGCCAGCGUAGGGCCCGCCGUGAUGAGGCGCGGAAGGAGUGAUAGCGGUGCUGCUGCUCCACCUGAGUAUGCUAUCGCCAUUGGUUCUGAGAGCGACGAGGAGACCGGCAUUGUGAGGGAACAGCAGGUGUCCCACCCAGUGCCUAUCGCCGAAGGCGAGGCUUUGCGUGAUUUCUCUCCAACCAACGCGUCUUCGCCGUCCGUUUCCGCUUACACAACGCUCUCCGACAUCCACACAGGACCUGUCAUUCCACAAUCCUUGCUCUUGGGCACGAUGGUCUCAAAGCUGUCCAAGAGGCGGAAGCGCCUUAACCUGGUUCUGGAUUCCGAGGCCGGCAAAAUCUACUGGGACAAGAACAGGCCGUCCAAGUGCGUCUACAUCGAUGACAUCAAGGAGAUCCGCGUCGCCCCAGAGGUUCGCCAGUACCGACUGGAUUGUGGUGCUUCUGAGGCGGAGGAAUCGCGCUUCUUCUCCAUUCUUUACGCAGUACCGGACAAGAAACAGAAGACCAUGCACCUCGUCACGGACGACGACGAGUCAUUCAAUGCGUGGGUGUCGACACUUGAUGCGCUUUCGAAGCACCGGCAAGCCUUGAUGACCUCUUUGAUGUCGUUCAACGACCGAGCCAUCAGAAUUUACUGGCGCAAAGAGAUGACCAGGCUCUACCCAGACAAUCUUCCUGACGAGGAGGUAAUCCAUUUUGCAGGUGUCGAACGCGUUUGCCGCAACCUGCACAUUCAUGUCUCACAAGAAACUCUCAAAGCCAAGUUCGACCAAGCGGAUAAGACGCGAACAGGUACAUUGAACUUUGACGAAUUCCAGGACUUCGUGCGCCUCACUGCGAGAAGAGAAGAUGUUCGGGCCGUGUAUCGGGAGAUCGCCUCCGACCCGGAAGGCGGGCUGACUUUCGAUGACUUCCUCAGGUUCCUGAAGGACGUCCAGAACGAGAAUGUCGAAGACGUGGCCGCCUGGGAGACAGUCUUUCACCAAUUCGGCCGUGGAAAAGCAUCCGAGACCAGCUCCAUCAGCGGUACUUUCGAGAAGCCACGCAUGUCUGAGACUGCGCUGGCAAAAUACCUCACGUCAAUCCACAACACUCCCAUUGAGGUUGCUCUAAAGGACUUUGUGCUUGACCGACCGUGCAACGAAUACUUCAUUUCCAGUUCGCACAACACGUAUCUCACUGGGCGCCAAAUUGGAGACGUAUCCAGCAUCGAGGGCUACAUCUCUGCUCUUAUGCGAGGCUGCCGCUGUGUUGAAAUCGACUGCUGGGACGGUCCAGACAAUCAGCCUAUUGUCACUCAUGGCAAAACACUGACCAGUCAAAUCCAGUUCCGCGAGGCUGUUAGCGCUAUCAACAAGUACGCAUUCGUCAAAUCAACCUAUCCACUGUGGAUCUCGCUUGAGGUGCACUGCAAUGCGACGCAACAGGAAGUCAUGGCCAACAUCAUGAAGGAUGUCUUUGGAGAGAAGCUUGUGACAGAAAAGCUUGAAGGCUGUGACGACCAGCUUCCCACGCCUGAGCAGCUGCGCGGUCGUAUUCUGAUCAAGUGCAAGACGCCAAACCUCAACGAGACAAAGAACGCCGAGGGUAACGGCUCGGGGAGACGACGUGGAAACAGUUUGACAUCACCCUUCUCUCGGCCUACCCAGGUCGGGGAAUCGUCUAUCCCAAACAGCCCUCUUCUGAGCCCCCAUUACCCUGGGGCCCGACGGGGCAGCAACCGCCGCGUGAACACCAUCGCUGAAGGCGAGACAUCCGACGUCCAGGAACUCUUCAGCAGCAGUUCCAGCGAUGACAGUGGAGCAGAAAAACCCCCGCGCUCCAAGCAGAGCAAGAUCACCAAAGCCCUUGGUGAUCUUGGCGUGUACUGCCUUGGUAUCAAGUUCCGAGGGUUUGAUGACGCUGACUGCAAGACCUUCAACCACAUCCUCUCCUUCAAGGAGCGAACAUUCCUCAACAACAGCUCUGACAAGUUGAGCAAAGGGGCAUUGUUCCGCCACAACAUGCGAUACUUGAUGCGUGUGUACCCAGCUCAGCACCGUUUCACUUCAACCAACUUCGACCCGCUCAUCUAUUGGAGACGCGGUGUCCAGAUGGCUGCACUGAACUGGCAGACUUUCGACCUUGGCAUGCAGUUUAAUCAAGCCAUGUUCGCUGGGGGGUCCGACACCACCGGAUACGUGCUGAAGCCACGUGCCUUCAGGGAGCUCCAGAUGGAUCCGAAAUCAGGCAGAGUGUUCCACACAGUUCCCGACCUGCCCGAGGAGCUGAGCAACAAGCGAGAGCGGAAAAAUGUGAGCUUCACGAUCGACGUCAUCUCGGCACAACAGCUCAUGCGUCCCUUCAACCUCGGAGAACGGCGGACCGUGGACCCCUACAUCGAGGUCGAGGCCUUCCUCGCCGACGACAAGAGGGACAAGCAGGAAUCGAACGCGCCACCGAUUCGGAGGCCACUCAGGCAUCGCACCAGGAUCGUCAAAGAGAACGGCUUCAACCCUGUCUUCGACAACAAGUUCGUCUUCGAAGCCAGAACCAAGUACCCGGACCUCAUUUUCAUCAGGUGGUCGGUGAAGCUCUCGGAAGGGAACAACUACAACGAUCGCGCGCCGGCAGUUGCCACCUACACGGCGAAGUUGACAAGUCUCAAACAAGGCUACCGCACCCUACCUUUGUUUGACCACAACGGAGACCAAUAUCUCUUCUCAACGUUGUUCUGCCGCACCAAGGUGGACCCCAUCACCAGCGUCUUCGUUGACUACGACACGGAGGGCGAGAACUCGAACAACAAGCUGAAGAGCCUCGGCAGAACAGUGUUCAACCGGUCAUCAAACCAGCAGAGCCCCAAGUCUAGCUUCGACAAAGAACAGGGCCUCUCGGCAUAG